UUUUGGUAGAAAUACAACAUACAAGACCACCGCACUGCACUAGAUCAUUGUAAACUCGGCGUGCACAAUGGGCUACGUAACUCAAAUCCUGACUAAACACAUAGCCGUUGUGUUUCUAUACAUCCCGUUUCUGGCUAGCAUAGAAAAUAAUGGAACGCGCGCAGCGGCGCAGAAGGUUUACUCGGAACUCGGAAGUUCAGGUGAACCCUAACUAAUCUGAUGAUCUGAGUCAGGUGUCCAUGGGCUAUCGUCGAGACCCCCAUUAAUCCGGAAGAACUCAAAAGUUGAAAAGUGUUCUACAGUAGGCCGUUCACGAUACGCCACAUAACCUCUUUACAUGUAAGUCUUACACGUCAGGCCGACGUGAUUUAUCGUGAUAGGCCCUGUAUCCUCCGGUUCGACAUUCAUGUCUUAUCUCAAAUGAACGACCACCAAUCCGUGGGACCCUUUUAAACGAGACAUCAUGGAUCAGAAAACGAGAUUGAUGAUAAAAUCGAAAGAUUCAGAAUGAUUCAACCUCCUUAUCAUUGUACUCCCAAGGGAUUUUAACUCGAAAAAAAAACAUAAUAGUGUUUCUCUGACAAGUCCCACGUUCUUGAAUCUUGACGAUCAAUGACGUCCUCUGUGCCCUAAUAUUUAAUAGGGGGAGGAGAUGUCACGUCUAGUCCUUAUCUUCAGUAUGGAUUACAGAAUGGAUAGAGAUUCCAGCAAAGCCAGCGAAACAUAAAGAGAGAAGGGGAGGACGAUACAUGCACGCAUUCUGGGAAAGAUCGAAGGUAGGGACUUGAGGGUAGAGACAAAGGCAGAGAGGAAAUGUUAAGGGUGUUGGCAAAGAGAGCCAGUUCAUCAAUUCGGUGGACAAUCCCGAAUUUGAUUCUUCAGAGAAGAGAGUUCUGUUUGGGUGUCCUACCAGAUGGUGUCGAUCGCAACUCCGAUGUCUAUAUUAACAACUCUAAGGCCAUGGACCAACUUAUCUCUGAGCUUCGAUUCCACAUGGACAAGGUUCUCGGUGGUGGCGGUUCCGAAGCUGUGCGAAGGAAUAGGAGUCGGAAUAAGCUUCUUCCCAGAGAACGGAUCGAUCGCCUAAUUGACCCUGGUUCUUCGUUCCUUGAGCUAUCGCAGCUUGCAGGCCAUCAACUUUAUGAAGAAUACUUACCAUCUGGAGGAAUAAUCAUUGGUAUAGGACCAGUGCAUGGACGACUUUGUAUGUUUGUGGCCAAUGACCCUACUGCCAAGGGGGGGACGUAUUACCCCAUUACUGUUAAGAAACACCUUAGAGCACAAGAGAUUGCUGCUCAAUGCAACUUACCAUGCAUAUACCUUGUUGACAGUGGUGGUGCUAACCUGCCAAGGCAGGCAGAUGUUUUUCCUGACAGGGAUAAUUUUGGUAGGAUAUUUUAUAAUCAAGCACAAAUGUCCGCAAAGGGCAUUCCUCAGAUUGCAUUGGUCUUGGGUUCUUGCACAGCUGGGGGUGCGUAUAUACCUGCAAUGGCUGAUGAAAGUGUUAUGGUCAAGGGGAAUGGUACCAUAUUUCUUGCUGGACCUCCACUUGUGAAGGCUGCUACAGGAGAAGAGGUCUCUGCAGAGGAUUUGGGGGGUGCUACCAUGCAUUGUAAAAUAUCAGGAGUUUCGGAUCAUUUUGCUGAAGAUGAGUUGCAUGGACUGGCAAUUGGGAGGAAUAUCAUUAAGAACUUGCAUAUGGCUGGGAAACAAGGAAUAAUGAAUGGAUUGCAAAGUAUUACCCCUGAUUAUAAAGAUCCUUUAUAUGAUGUAAAAGAGCUCCGUUCCAUUGCACCAACAGACCAGAAGCAACACUUUGACAUCCGAUCAGUAAUUGCUCGUAUUGUUGAUGGAAGUGAAUUUGAUGAAUUCAAGAAGUUGUAUGGCACUACUCUUGUAACAGGUUUUGCAAGGAUCUUUGGACAACCUGUAGGAAUUAUUGGAAACAAUGGAAUACUAUUUAUUGAAUCUGCACUGAAAGGGGCCCAUUUCAUUGAGUUAUGUACUCAACGCAACAUUCCUUUGAUAUUUCUCCAGAAUAUUACUGGAUUUAUGGUUGGCUCAAGAUCUGAGGCAGGUGGCAUUGCCAAAGCUGGGGCAAAGAUGGUCAUGGCAGUUUCUUGUGCAAAGGUUCCCAAAAUAACAAUCAUUGUUGGUGGAAGCUUUGGUGCUGGGAACUAUGGAAUGUGUGGCCGUGCAUAUAGCCCUAAUUUUCUGUUCCUUUGGCCAACGGCAAGAAUAUCUGUGAUGGGUGGCCCUCAGGCUGCUGGUGUGCUGGCUCAAAUAGAAAGGAGCACUAAGAAAAGGCAAGGAAUUGAGUGGACUAAGCAAGAAGAAGAGAACUUCAAGAGCAAGGUUGUUGAAGCAUAUGAAAGAGAAGGAAGUCCUUACUACUCUACUGCAAGACUAUGGGAUGACGGAAUCAUUGAUCCCGCAGAUACAAGAAGUGUUUUAGGUCUUUGCCUCUCUGCAUCGAAAAAUGUCCCAGAAGAUACCAAAUAUGGUGUGUUUAGAAUGUAAGUCCCUCUACUUUUGGAAGCUUGUUAUUGCUCUGAACGCUAAAAAUGGCAAUGAAUGAACUCUAGAACUGGAAGAGACGUAAAUGCAGAUGGCUUUGCAAGUUUCCAAAGAAACAUCUGCACAUGCAGAUCGCUGUAAAUGUAAAUGCAGUUCCAUUAAAUGAUAACAUUGAUGAGCGUAUCUUUAAAAUAUAUAGUGCCUAGAUCUGGAUUUUCUUUUAA